AUGGACUCGUUGUCGUACAACAGAGUUCAUCUGGAUUGCUACAGAGGCAGAGUCGUCUUUGAGCGGGAUGCAGGGAGGUUGGUUUAUCAGGGAUCAUUGAAGGGAUUACCACCAUCUCGGUCUGAUCCUUUCAUGAUUGAGUUAGAGCCGGGGUUAGCACUGAUAUCUAAGACCCCUUACAGGAUGGCGCCAGCAGAUUUGGCAGAGCUGAAGAAGCAGAUAGAGGACCUUUUGGCUAAGGGGUUCAUUCGACCGAGUGUUUAA